AAUCACUUUUCCCUACUUCAGUCAAGAUGUACCCUGAAAUUUUAUUCGAAAGGACAACCAAGAAAUUCCUGAAAUUGCCAAGAAAACAAAGUGAGACAGAUGUGAAUUACAUGUGAUAAGCAUAGAAACAAAUUCCACCCUCGAUUUUUUUUAGAUGAUUGCAGCCUCAUAUGCGUUGCACACUUGUCACAGCAGUCGUACGGCGUGAGCACAUGGGCCGUAGCUAGCGUCUGCGUUAUCUUCAGGAUGUCGAUCUGCACGUCAUCUCUAUCAUCGCCUCAAUCACCAAAUCGAUUUCACAUCAUUCGUCUCUUAGCACUUCUGUCACUGUGGAGUAGCACUGCAGGACAACAUCUGCAGCGACUCUCUGAACUUUUCUGAAUCUUGUGCCUACCUGAACAUCCAAAGACACAUGUGACAUGUGCAGGUGCAGCGUACUCAGUGCUUCAGUAUUGUAGCGAGUCGGAGUCAGUAGAGCAGGCAGCCAAGAAAUGGCCGAUGCGCACGGUCACCGCCGGCGGGUGGCCCUGCCGUGCGCGGUGCGCCUCCGGCUCUGCCUCCUCGAGGCCGCCAUCGACGCGACGCAGCGCCGGGACGGCGCCAUCAACCGUCCUCUCUUCUCCCUGUACGACCGGCGGGCGCCCGCCGACCCGCGGCCGGACGCCGCCGGCGUGAGCUCCACGGACGUCACCGUCGACGCGUCCCGCGGCCUCUGGGCGCGCGUCUUCACCCCUACCGCGCCGGAGCACGAGCACUCCUCGUCGUCGUCGACGACGACGCCGCGCCCCGUCAUCGUCUACUUCCACGGCGGCGGCUUCGCGAUGUUCUCGGCGGCCUCCCGCCCGUUCGACACCCACUGCCGCACGCUCUGCGCCGGGGUCGGCGCCGUCGUCGUCUCCGUCGACUACCGCCUCGCCCCCGAGCACCGGUUCCCCGCCGCGUACGACGACGGGGAGGCCGUCCUCCGCUACCUCGCCACCACCGGCCUCCGCGACGAGCACGGCGUCCCCGUGGACCUCUCCGCCUGCUUCCUCGCGGGAGACAGCGCCGGCGGCAACAUCGCGCACCACGUGGCCCAGCGCUGGACGACGACGUCGGCGGCGACUCCGCCGCCUCCGUCAGACAACCCCGUCCACCUCGCCGGUGUGAUACUCCUGGAGCCGUACUUCGGCGGCGAGGAGCGGACCAAGGCAGAGCGCGCGCUGGAGGGCGUGGCGCCGGUGGUGAACAUCCGGCGGUCGGACCGGUGGUGGAGGGCGUUCUUGCCGGAGGGGGCCGACCGGAACCACCCGGCGGCGCACGUCACCGGCGACGCGGGGCCGGAGCCCGAGCUGCAAGAAGCGUUCCCGCCGGCGAUGGUGGUCGUCGGGGGCCUCGACCCGCUGCAAGACUGGGACCGGAGGUACGCCGGCAUGCUGCGGCGGAAGGGGAAGGCGGUGCGGGUGGUGGAGUUCCCGGAGGCCAUACACGCCUUCUACUUCUUCCCGGAGUUCGCCGGCGACAUCCGGAAGCUCGUCGGUGAAAUCAGGGCGUUCGUGGAAGACAGCAUCAUGUCCAAGCAAUCCAUUGCUUAGCUGUGAUUACUCCAACUAGCUAUAAAUUAUCGGAGUGGUUCGUAUUUAUAUAAUUGUAGUACUUAUCUUUUGAGGGAACUUAAUUAUAGUACUUAUAAUGGAGUAAUUACUCUCCAUAGAUGUUUUCGGUUCGUUCAAACUUUUGAAAUUUGCUGAUUACUCACUCUGUUCAGUAUUGAGUUUGACUAAAUUGCAUUAGCGUUACAAA